AUGACCACCUCACCGUCACCCUCAAAACCACCACACCCGAUAUCAGCAUCACCAUCAGCAUCAGCCUCACCAACACCAUCCCCGGCUCUCUCACCUCCCGCUCUCCCACCCCGUCGAAAAAUCUCCAGCGAAGGCUUCUCCCAUGCCGCUCAACCCACCACAGCCGUCUCCUCCAUCGACAUCUCCACCCUCUCCUUCCCAGACGGUUCAAGAGGGACCUUUCCCUCCAACGCUCCCGGCCCUGUUUCCGUUCCUAUUUCCGGCCCCAGCGCGACUCCAAAUCCCAGCGGCUAUGGCACGCCCACCCAAAACUCCACCCUCGGCGACGCCAGCGACGCCAUGAGCAUCAUGAGCCUCGCAGCCCCCACCACACGCGCCCAGGGGCACGGCGGGGACCUCGCCAGCCUCGUCGCCGGCGGCCUCAACCGCAAAAGCCGCGCCUGGAACAUGCUCCGCUCACAAUCCUCCGACGCCGUCCAGCCCUUUGAGAGUAUCGAGUUGGGCAUCCCGGGGAACCUGGCCGGGUUCGCGCGCGAGUUUGAUGAUAUUCCGGAUGGUAAUACGGAUGAGGUGCGCAUGGCGCUGUGGAAGUCGAAGAUGAAGCAUUAUAUGAUUUUGUCGUCGGCGGGUAAGCCGAUUUAUAGUCGGCAUGGGGAUCUGAGUUUGAUUAACUCGUACAUGGGCGUGGUGCAGACUAUUAUUUCGUUCUAUGAGGAGGGGCAGAACCCGUUGUUGGGGUUUACGGCCGGGGACGCGCGGUUUGUGAUUGCUAUCGAGGGGCCGUUGUACUUUGUCGCUGUGAGCAAGCUUGGAGAAAGCGACGCACAGUUGCGUAGUCAGCUGGACGCGCUGUACAUGCAGAUCUUGUCGACGCUCACGCUGCCAACGCUCAAGAGCAUUUUUGUGCAUCGGCCGUCGACAGAUUUGCGGAAGCCGCUGGAGGGGACGGAGUCGUUGCUGUCGUCGCUGGCGGACAGUUUCACCAAGGGGUCACCGUCGACGCUGCUGGGGGCGCUGGAGUGUUUAAGGCUGAGGAAGUCGCAGCGGCAUGCGAUUAAUAAUGUUUUUUUGAAGUGCCGGAGUGAGAAGUUGUUGUAUGGGCUGAUUGUUGCCGGGGGGAAGUUGGUGAGUGUGAUCCGGCCGAGGAAACACUCGCUGCAUCCGAGCGAUUUGCAGCUUAUUUUUAAUAUGCUGUUUGAGUCGGGGGGGAUUCAGGCCGGGGGUGGGGAGAGCUGGAUUCCGUUGUGUCUGCCGGCGUUUAACAAUCGGGGGUAUCUGUAUAUGUAUGUCAGUUUCUUUGACAGUGAGCUGGAUGAACCAACCCCAGCAACAGAACCAACCCCAGCAACAGAACCAACCCCAGCAACAGAACCCCCAGAACCAUCCCCACCCCCAAACGACGAAGCAAUCGCCCUAAUCCUCAUCUCCCCCGACAAAGAAUCCUUCUACGACCUGCAAGAAAUGCGCACCAAACUCGCCGCCCAACUCACCACCCCCAAAACCAACCACCUCGCCCUGAUCCGCACCGCCGCCCGCGCCGGCCGUCCCCGCAUCCCCUCCAUCGCCCCCGGCUCCCAAAUCGCCCACUUCCUCUACAAGUCCCGCGCCAACGUCCAGUUCUGCAUGUCCCCUUUGCCUUCCCGCCCUUCAUCCCCGUCCCAGGACACACUCUCCGACAGAGAGGGGCUAGAAACGACAUUAACAACCCGCCGCCGCCUAAUGAGCAUAUACCACGAACUACACGCCUCCGUGCACGCGCGCCACGCUCACCUGCGGGUUCUGCACGCCGUGGCGUCGGACGCGGCGAGUUUGGCGUGGAUCACACCGGUGUUUGAAUUGUACUGUGUGGCGGGCCCGCAUGUGUCGAGGACGGCGAUGGCGCAGGGGGCGAAUGCGGUGGUGCAGUGGGCGAGACGGGAGGAGGAGAGGUUGUUUAUUAUUGGGGGUGGGGUUUUUUGA